AUGGUAGCCUCUAGCAGCAUAGCUUCUCUGUUAUUGCCUGGAGGUAGAACUGCACAUUCAAAAUUCAAAAUUCCAGUUCCAGUUUUUGAAGACUCAACAUGCAAUAUCCAUCAAGGAACUCAAUUAGCUGAACUAUUAAAUCAGACGAGUCUGAUCAUUUGGGAUGAAGCACCCAUGGCUCACAAAUUCUGUUUUGAGGCACUUGAUCACAGUCUUAGAGAUAUCAUCAAACACAACUCAAAGGACAGUAAAAUCUUUGGAGGCAAAGUCAUGGUCUUUGGUGGAGAUUUCCGACAGAUCCUGCCAGUCAUUCCAAGAGGCAGCCGCUCUGAUAUUGUUAAUGCAACAAUUAAUUCCUCUUAUCUAUGGGAUCAUUGUCAGAUCAUGAGACUGACAAAAAACAUGCGCUUACAAAACAACAUGCAAGCAACAGAUCAAGAAGAAACUGCGGCUUUUGCGCAAUGGAUUACAGAUAUUGGUGAUGGUAUUAUUGGAGAUGAAAAUGAUGGCUAUGAUACUAUUGAAAUUCCACAUGAACUAUUAAUCACAGAAUAUAACGAUCCUAUUCAUAGUAUAAUUAGCUCUACAUUCCCAGAUCUAUCUCAUCAUCACAAUAAUCAUGAAUACUUCCAAACCAGAGCAAUAUUAGCUUCUACAAAUGAAAUAGUACAACAAGUUAAUGAUUAUAUGCUUACAAUGAUAUCAGGUGAACAAAUGGAAUAUCUAAGCUCUGAUUCAGUUGACAAAUCCGAAACCAUUGAAAGUUGUCAUUUCCGCUCACUCACAACUAAAUUUCUUAAUUCAUUGACAACAUCUGGCUUACCCAAUCAUUGUCUCAAACUCAAGAUUGGAACACCUAUAAUGUUAUUAAGGAACUUAGACCAAACUCAAGGGUUGUGUAACGGUACUAGGUUAAUUAUCACAAGAUUAGCAAAACAUGUUAUUGCAGCUGACAUAAUUUCUGGGACAAAUAUCGGAGAUCAUGUUUAUAUCCCACGAAUGUCUAUGUCACCUUCACAGUCACCAUGA